AUGAUCUCACUCCCCAAAAAAGAUGUUUUACUUUAUGCAGCUUAUACAUUUACUUGUUUGGAAGAUCGUGCCUGGUCCUUUUUUGCCACUAUUGUAUUCGAGUUACUAGGCGCUAUCAUUCUAGUGGUUGUCCUGAACAACUUCUCGAUUCUAUUCGCAGUUCUUUCACUAACCUCGAAGUACCAUAAUCCUAGUUCGGAUCAUCCCAUUUUACUGUACAUCUCUGUAGUGUUAUGUGCUAUCAAUCGGUUGUUUUUGAAUGCCGAAAAAUCAAUAAUCACCAGAGACUGGGUCGUCACAUUGAACCAUAAAAAUGCGCUGGCUCGACAAAACGCAAUGUUAACUGGAUUUGAUCAAUUGCUGAAUAUAUUAGCUCCAGUGAUUGUUGGCACUAUGAUAACGUCUCAUGGAAUCUUCUGCGGCUUAAUUUGCUUUGCCAUAGGCUCAAUGAUCUCACUAACUUUGAAAUCUACACUUCUAUUUCUUUUAUAUACUUCUCAUAGUUCUCUUCAUAAUCGGAACAAUAAAAACUACAAAGCGCUGGAACAUUCUAUGGAGUGUGAAGAAGAGGAACCCUUUCUAAUUCCCAAAACUGCUAGAAAACCUUCUGGAGUCUUUCACACUUAUUGGAAGCAGUCGACAUUUUGCGCUGCAUUCGGUAUGGCGUUAUUCUACAAAACCGUCAUGGGGUUUGACAACUUGGCAGUUGGCUAUGCCAAAGGUGCGUCAGACCUUUCAAUUUUCACAAUUGGAAUAGUUAAAUCGUAUGGAGCAAUCGCUGGAAUGGCUGGAGUUGCAUUUUAUGCUCUAAUGGAGAAACGAUACGGGCUAGUUCAAGCUGGAUCUGUGGGAUUGGUGGUUCAACAGGUUUUCGCAUUCCUCGCAGUAUGUACCAUUUGGAUGCCGGGGUCGCCCGUAUGGGAACCCAUUUCUAAAGGACCAAGCAUUUUCAUUUUUCUGAUGUCAAUAGCAACUUCGAGAUUUGGACUUUGGUGCCUCGACAUGGCUGUCACUCGCGCAAUGCAACUUCACGUGCCGGAAUCUGAAAGGAAUACUGUAUUUGGGUUUCAUAUGGCACUAUGCCAAACAUUCUCUGUACCCAAAGAGAUGUUAGUGAUUGCAUUUCCAGAACCUUCACAUUUCGCGUUGUAUAUUUUAAGCUCAUAUAUUUGUGUUACGCUGGGGCAGUAUUUUUUCUAUUUGUACACCAAGAAACAUGUUGAAUGA